AUGACGAAGGACCAGUUGGACCUGCAUCUGAACGCGAGCUACAAUGUGUCCGAGUGGGAGCAGAUGUCAUCAGCCGGAACCAACGAGAAAUAUUCACGCCAGCUUGAUUGUGAUGAUGAUGCUGAAGACGCUGGCUCAUCGUGGGUUGAAAUGAGUGAUAACUUUUUGCCAGAAGUGCCUGCCGCCUCUGAAGAUACGCUUUUACAGAAUAUUACGCCGAAGCAUAGUAUUAGCUUGUCGUGGUGGCGGGGCUUGCGUGUCCUAAUGACCUCCAAGGCCAUGCCGGAUAGGGUCUCCCAUACCGGACAGGCUUGGAGCGAGGGACCAGACGAAGAGCAGCACAAGGAGGGGCCCUCCGUGUGUUUCUCUCAUCAGCAGAGAACACAUCGAAUAGGGCCAAAGAGGACGGGUCUGCGCGCUGAC